GUGACGUUUACAACGACGUAUAUAAUGUGCGACGAAGCGGUUGGCAUGGCUUGAUAUUUCCUGCAAAACAAAACAAAAAAAGGAAACACGCCAAUCGACGGGAUAGUUGUUGUUUCUUUUAAAGAGUUUAAGUAAGUCGUCAUGAUUGAUUCUUCGGGAGCACAAGUUGUUUUAGCUUCAUCCAGCGACGAGAAUCACCCACCAGAAAACAUCACUGACGGAAACAGUAAAACGUUCUGGAUGUCCACCGGGAUGUUUCCUCAGGAGUUCAUCAUUCGCUAUCCUGAAACAACCAACAUUACUGCUGUGACAGUGGAUAGCUACAAUAUCAAACAUCUAAAGAUAGAAAAGAAUACCUCACCAAAUGCUGCUCAGUUUGAGCCUGUCACACAGGAAGAAUUUGAACGCACAGAGGGACAUCUUCAGUCAAAAGCUAUUUCACUAAAUGGCAGCCGUGCAACCCACCUUCGUUUUAUCAUCACCGCGGGAUAUGACCACUUUGUGUCAGUGCACAGAGUCAACGUAAAAACUUGAUGAACUUAAAUUGUGUAACUGUUGUAAAUUAAAUCCUCUUUACCCAUUUACAUGUAUGAAACAAGUGUAACUGUGUUGUAUUGUUUAGAUAAGUGCAUACAUUUUAGUUUGCAUUGUAAUCAUCUCAAUGUUAUUGCAGUAGUACCAACUGCAGACAAAACAUAUGGCAUGAAGCUGUGAAGUGUUUUUUUAGUUCGGUCUCUAAUUCCAAGAAUAGCUUCAAACCAUUUUUUAUGUUUUUUGUUUUUUUGAUUAUGUAAUGUUGUGGAUUUGCUUCUAAAGCUUUUUGUCCUGCAUUCAACUGUUCCUGCUAAUUUCACAAGCUGAUAGUUGGCAAAGCUUUGUAAUAAAAGGCUUGGAUUGUG